CGUUCUCUAGAAGGGAACUGCUCUGGGCCCCGCCUUUGAUCUCGUUGGUGGGGCUAGGGGGAUAAGAACUGCACCGCGCGGGACAAGUCGCCGGCGGCGCCUGACGGAGCAGAAGGCACAGCAUGGAGUUGGAGAGGAUCGUCAGUUCAGCCCUCCUUGCCUUUGUUCAGGCACAUCUCCCAGAGGCAGACCGCAGUGGCUUGGAUGAGGUCAUCUUCUCCUAUGUGCUUGGGGUCCUGGAGGACCUGGGCCCCUCGGGGCCAUCAGAGGAGAACUUUGAUAUGGAGGCCUUCAUUGAAAUGAUGGAGGCUUAUGUGCCUGGCUUUGCCAACAUCCCCAGGGGCAUAAUAGGGGACCUGAUGCACAAGCUCUCGGUGCAGCUGAGUGAUGCUAGGAACAAAGAGAACCGGCACCCACAGCGCUCCUGUGUCCAAGGUCAGGUGCCCACUUUUCCAGAGACCCUGAGGCAACCUGAAAAGCUCAAAGAAGAGAGCAGGCCUCCUGCUGCUGCCGGGCACCCCCCAGAUGAGGCGGCUGCUGCUGAGGAGGAACUGCCAGGAGUAGAUGUGCUUUUGGAGGUAUUCCCUACCUGUUCUAUGGAGCAGGCCCAGUGGGUGCUGGCCAAAGCUCGGGGUGACCUGGAAGAAGCUGUGCAGAUGCUGGUGGAGGACAAGGAAGAGGGGACAGGCUGGGGCAGUCCGAGUCAGGACUUGCCCAGGCGCCUCAGAGGCCCCCAGAAGGAUGAGUUGAAGUCUUUCAUCCUUCAGAAGUACAUGAUGGUGGACAGGGCAGAGGACCAGAAGACUCACCGACCUAUGGCUCCCAAGGAGGCCCCCAAGAAACUGAUCCGAUACAUUGACAACCAAGUAGUGAGCACCAGAGGAGAGCGAUUCAAGGAUGUGCGGAACCCUGAGGCUGAGGAGAUGAAGGCCACAUACAUCAACCUCAAGCCGGCCAGAAAAUAUCGCUUCCACUGAGGUGCUGGCCAGACUCGGCCGAGCAUUGCGGAUCCCAGAGGGAUGCAAAACCCUCCCACCACCCUAUCCCUUCUCUAUGCCCUUGCUCUAGUGUUGAUCUAUUCUUGGAGCUUCCUUCAAGAGCACAGUAAAGGCGGUCCAAGGAAGGUG